AUGUCUGCCCCAGCUGCUAACGGUGAAGUCCCAACCUUUAAACUAGUCCUUGUCGGUGAUGGUGGUACUGGUAAGACCACUUUCGUCAAGAGACAUUUGACUGGUGAAUUCGAAAAGAAGUACAUUGCCACCAUCGGUGUUGAAGUGCAUCCUUUGUCCUUCUACACCAAUUUCGGUGAAAUUAAAUUCGACGUCUGGGACACUGCUGGCCAAGAAAAGUUCGGUGGUCUAAGAGACGGUUACUACAUCAAUGCUCAAUGUGCCAUCAUUAUGUUCGAUGUCACCUCCAGAAUUACUUACAAGAAUGUUCCUAACUGGCACAGAGAUUUGGUCCGUGUCUGUGAAAACAUUCCAAUCGUCUUGUGUGGUAACAAGGUCGAUGUCAAAGAAAGAAAGGUCAAGGCCAAGACCAUCACUUUCCACAGAAAGAAGAACUUGCAAUACUACGACAUUUCCGCCAAAUCUAACUACAACUUUGAAAAGCCUUUCUUAUGGUUGGCCAGAAAAUUGGCUGGUAACCCACAAUUAGAGUUUGUUGCUUCUCCAGCUUUGGCCCCACCAGAGGUCCAAGUCGACGAACAAUUGAUGCAACAAUACCAACAAGAAAUGGAACAAGCCACCGCCUUGCCAUUGCCUGAUGAAGAUGAUGCUGAUUUAUAA